UUCUGUGCAUUACCACCAGAUGGACCAUAUCCAUUAUUUUUAUUCGAAGAAUAUCCUAAAUUUAUUAUUGAAAAUAAAGAAAAAAUGACUGAGUUGAUUAAUUUAAGAGAAGAAGAAAUAACUUUACGUAAAAAACGACAAGAAGUGUUGGAGAAUAUUGAGAAAAAAAGAUUAGAAGAUGAAAAGGACAAUUUUAUCAAAGAAGUUCAAAACCAGAGACUUCGAGAAUUACAACGAUGUUAUAAUGAGCAGCUUCGAGUAUCUGAAGCCUCAGUUGCUAGUGAACGUCAAAAACUCUAUCGACAAUUGCCACUGAGCGAAAGUAUAAAUCUCACAGAAAUUAAUUCUGCGAGUGAUGAAUUUAAUUCACGAUCAAGAGUUAACUCUUACAAUAAACUACGAAAUGAUGUGGAGGCACUUGAAGAAGAAGUUGGAGAAUUUUUAAAAACUAUUAAGUGUAAAAGAUAGAGACAUUAUAUAAUAUUUUAUUUAAUCUAAAGAGAAACAUUCUGUGCAUUACCACCAGAUGGACCAUAUCCAUUAUUUUUAUUCGAAGAAUAUCCUAAAUUUAUUAUUGAAAAUAAAGAAAAAAUGACUGAGUUGAUUAAUUUAAGAGAAGAAGAAAUAACUUUACGUAAAAAACGACAAGAAGUGUUGGAGAAUAUUGAGAAAAAAAGAUUAGAAGAUGAAAAGGACAAUUUUAUCAAAGAAGUUCAAAACCAGAGACUUCGAGAAUUACAACGAUGUUAUAAUGAGCAGCUUCGAGUAUCUGAAGCCUCAGUUGCUAGUGAACGUCAAAAACUCUAUCGACAAUUGCCACUGAGCGAAAGUAUAAAUCUCACAGAAAUUAAUUCUGCGAGUGAUGAAUUUAAUUCACGAUCAAGAGUUAACUCUUACAAUAAACUACGAAAUGAUGUGGAGGCACUUGAAGAAGAAGUUGGAGAAUUUUUAAAAACUAUUAAGUGUAAAAGAUAGAGACAUUAUAUAAUAUUUUAUUUAAUCUAACGGUAAAUAAAUUAAAUAUGUUUUUUUGUUUUUAAUCAAACAGUUAAUCAUGUAAAUUAUUUUUU